CUGUGGUUAUCCGGCUGCUGGGCUGAGCAACACAGGCCGCUGUUGCAUUGUGUCUGUCCGUUUGGGGCUCCCAUUGUUUUCGGGUUUCCCCGGUCAUUCAUCUGCAGCACGCGGCCAAGCAGCGCGAACAAAGGGGCGUCAGGGUCGCCCGCUGAUUGGCUCCCCGAGUUGGACGCUGCGAGCUCCGCUACAACAGAUGGGGCUCUCCGCUCCUCCGCCUCCUGAUGAGCGCACGGCACGCCAGCGCCUGAGACGCGCACCGGUGAUUGUUUCCGACGGGAGGAGGAGAGGGAGCGGGGUGACCGAGGAGCAACGGUAACGGGCAGUGUGUUUAGGCGAAACGUGUGUGGUGUGUGUGUGCGUGUGUAUGUGUGUGUGAAGAGGAAGGAGGAGGAGGAGAAGCGGAGAGCCUCGGGUUUCCUGGUGUGAGAGAGAAGAUCCUCAAACUCGGGAGGAAUCAUCAGCGGCGCCCUCCUCUCAUGCUGACUGAGAAUGGAUGACACACACGACGGGGUUCAGAUCGGAGAAAACAAGUUCAUCAGCAAGGCAACCAUCCUCUCACAUCUGAAGACAUACAACCUCUACUAUGAAGGACAGAAUCUGCAGCUCAGGCACAGAGAAGAAGAGGGCGAGCUGAUCGUUGAGGGCUUGCUGAAUAUCUCCUGGGGCCUGCGUCGACCAAUCAGGCUUCAGAUGCAGGAUGACCACGAGCGAAUCCGACCGCCUCCCUCGUCCACAUCCUGGCAUUCUGGCUGUGCUCUGGACAGUCAGGGCUCCCCAACCAGCACAGACGGUCAGCAGCCGACCCAGAAGAGCCCACCCACCGUGGAAGUGACAGCACCUGAAAACCAACCUGAAGACAUGACCGGGAUGUUGGACGCGACACAAGAGGAUGAUGGGAGCUCCGCUCAGCUUCUCAGGACGAAGAGCGAUGCUGGGGUUUUGAGGCGGGGCCAGCGACGGUCACCUAGCGACCAGAGGAGGAUACGACGACAUCGCUUUUCCAUCAAUGGACACUUCUACAACCAUAAGACUGCAGUGUUCACGCCUGCGUACGGCUCGGUGACUAACGUCCGCAUCAACAGCUGCAUGACAACACCUCAGGUGCUGCGAGUUCUCCUCAACAAGUUCAAAAUCGAGAACAGCCCUGAUGACUUUGCCCUCUACCUUGUGCAUGCAAGUGGAGAGCGUAUGAAGCUGAAGCGGAGCGACUAUCCUCUGGUGCUGAGGGUGAUGCAGGGUCCAUGUGAGCAAGUCUGCAAGGUUUUCCUCAUGGAACAGGACCUGGGAGAAGAAGUGACGUAUGAUGUGGCGCAGUACAUCAAGUUUGAGAUGCCUGUCCUGCAGAGUUUCAUCACAAAACUGAAGGAGGAGGAGGACCGGGAGGUGCAGAAGCUCAGGAGAAGGUAUAAUUACCUGCGGUUAAUAAUUGAGAAGCAGCUUGGCUGUCUUCCUGAAGGGACGAGCUGUAUGUGAUGUGGCUCCUGGAGAUGAUUCCCUUUACCAGCCCUGAUAUGUACACCAACUCUGACAGUCUCCGCUCCCAGACAGCCAAGUUUUUCCAUCCAACUGUGACCAAACGUCAAAUGAGACUGACCAAGAAUCGCCUGACCAGAAAGCAAUGUAUGCAUUCCCUUGACUUCCUGUCUCCAUCUGGGUCUUUGGUGAUUUUUACCAUCUGACUCAUAUUCCCUCCUUGUGCCCUGUCCAGCCUACAGGCGAUGCUGUAAUAUUAAUAUGUGUAUAUAAAGCUCGACCAUCACAGCAAUAAUCUCAGAUCCAAAAUUAUAUCCAUUUUUCUGGCACUUGCCACAUGGGGUGGUUUGCAGCCUUGACACAGAUCCAAUCUACUUAACCUGUUUUUUUUUUGUUUGUUUGUUACUCUCAUUUUUUUUUCAUGCCAUACAGUACACAAACACACUCACACACAUUCCUUAAACCUCACACCUCAUUGCUCUGUUCCUAAUCAUCAUCAUGUUGCGUUACCUCUAAAAAUUAAGCAGAAAAUUUUAUGUUAUGUGUACCUCCCUGAUUGAAAGCUGAUAACUCUAUCCUUUUAAAGCACAAUGUGGUCUAUGUAAAGUGCCUGUUAUAAUGGUUUGUCCAAGCACCAAGGCAAGAAUUACAAUAAAUUAUUUUGAAGCUGUUGCUGUAUAAAAAAAAAAAAUACUAUGGGUUGUAUCAGGGAAGUUGCAGCUAGAGCCAUGACAGAGUGACACAGUUUGGAUCGAUAUUAAUCUGAAAAUGGACCAGCGGCGUAAAGGUGGCAGCCUCCCGGUCCCAUAAUGCACUGGGUACCCAGCGUUUCUACAGCGGCAAGAAAAUACUGGGCCGUCGGGCACUUUGCAGUGGGUGCAACUUAAUUAUUCACCAUUUUCUGUCAGUAAAGCAUGUGAUUUCAAACCCGGAGGCCACCAUCUUUGUGUGUCUCGCUGUCUGAAAAUUUGUUGACUCAUGCAGUUGAAGGAAUUCAGUGGCCCUCUUCAUUUUGUUGCAUAUUAGACGUUCACUGCAGGGAUUAUAAAAGGUUGUGUAGGAUUUAUGUGUGUGUGUGUUAAAGAGAGAGAGAGAGAGAGACUCAUAGUGACAGCUGCCUCUGUGCUUGCAGCUUUUCUGCCGACAUUCAGACUGAAUGUCAAAGACAAACGUAUGAUCGCAGUUAAAGAAAAACUCAACUCUAUCAACACUUAAACACUGUUAAAAAUCUGUUACUGGUGGUGUAUGUUGCAUUUCUAAGUCCCUUUUGUCGUUUUGAGAUAUUUCCUUUUAACUGGCCACAUCUUGAAGAGAUAUUUCCAAUGCAGCUCCAUUGUAGUUUGAUAACAAAAAUGUCACCCAUGUAAAAUGCCAGUGGUAUCAGGCUUUGUGUCAGUUCCUCAGGAUCAACGAUAACGGUCAUACUGGAAGAAGUCUAACGAACAGGACAAAGAAACCGUUUUUUCCACUGACAAACUGGAAACUGAAACGUUUUAUUUUGUAAGGGAGCAAUUCAGUUUUUCUCCAAUGGAAAAACUUAUUUACUACUCUGUUUCUGUUAUUAUUACUAUAGCUCUCUGCCUACAUGGAAAAUAAGAAAAAGUACGCAACAAGAUGAUUCUCGUUUCUUCUGUGAAAUGUAGAAAAUCACUGACUGAAGUCAAACUUUACGAUGCUGAGGAAAAUUGGAUACACCAAAGCAAAUUACAACACAAAAUAAUUCCUGGGAAGCAUUAAACAUCACCGAUUAAUGAAAUAUAACAGUGUAAGAGUGUCCAGGGAUGGAUUUUUCCUUAAAAUCCAACAGAGAAUGAAGGAAAAAGUGCACACAAGAUGGAAGUCCCCCAGUUGACUGUGAAUUACACCGGUGAGAGUGUUGUCAGUGUGUGAGCGAGCGAGUUUUUUUUUUUUUUUUUUUUUUUUUCAGAAGCAGCAGUUUGCCUCUACAUGUACAGUUCUUUGCAUAUGUCUGCUUUGUGUGUGUGUGUGUGUGUGUGUGUGCGUGUGUGUGCGUGUGCGUGUAAUUCUGUGAGUGAGCAUGCUUUAUUUUUCCUCAGCCCUAAUAACACUUGCCUGCUUUUGAGCAUUUUGUAAUGUUUCCUUCACAAAAUAAUAACAGUUUGAAUGAAGCUUAGUCUCUCAGAUGUUAAAAGCACACGCCACUAUUUGGAAAGUGUAGUUUGUUUUUUUACAAUGAUUGUAA